AUGAGCGUUGGCUGCCCUGUUUUACGACCCUGGGACCGUCUUCUCCUCAACUUUCCUUGCCUCUCUGAUCCUGUUCGAAGAUCUUCUCUGUUUUUAAAAUUGGCACUUGUAGCUUUACACUUCGUCUUCAUCGGCUUUCUACUCGUUUGCGAUGCUGAAUUCAUUGAGAAAACUAAGCUACAUCCAUGGUACAUGUCCUCUUACUUGUUCUUGUUCUCUGUCACACUUCUUCAGUAUUUCGUCACUUCUGGCUCUUCACCUGGGUAUGUUAUUGAUGCAAUGAGGGAUGUUGAUGAGACAAAUGCAAUUUACAGAAACGCACCUACAAGAACAUCAUUGCAACAACAUGCUUCUAGACAAAAUGGGAGCUUAGUUGUUACUGUGGAAGGAGAAUCAGCCUCUAGUGGUAGAAGGACUCCUACUUCCUGGGGGAAGAUGGUUUUGGAUUUGUACCCUCCAGGAACAUCCUUAAGACAUUUGACAUGCGGUUACUGUCACGUGGAGCAGCCUCCGCGAGCCAAACAUUGUCAUGAUUGUGAUCGAUGUGUUCUUCAGUUUGAUCAUCACUGUGUUUGGUUGGGAACAUGUGUAGGCCAGAAAAACCAUUCUAAAUUCUGGUGGUACAUCUGUGAAGAGAGUGCUCUAUGCAUGUGGACACUCAUCAUAUACAUUGACUACUUGAGUAACGUAGCCAAGCCUUGGUGGAAGAAUGCAAUUAUCAUACUCUUGCUUAUCAUAUUGGUGAUCUCCUUGAUAUUUGUCCUGCUUCUUUUGCUUUUUCACAGCUACCUCAUUCUAACUAAUCAAAGCACUUAUGAACUUGUGAGACGAAAACGUAUUCCAUACAUGAGGAAUAUUCCGGAACGAGUGCAUCCUUUUAGCAGAGGAAUCAAGAGGAAUCUAUACAACGCCUGUUGCGGCAAUGAUACUCUAGACUCAUUGCCCACUGCCUUUGAACUUGAAGAUAGAUCAAGAUCCUACACUUGCUUAGAUAUGUUGAAAUGUCGUUGUUGCUAA